AUCAUAUCGAUAGAAGGGGUGCCCGGCCAUAACGAUAACAAGAAUAGCAUCCCUAGCUGCCGGGCCACGUACAAUUUGCGACCGAAAAUAACAAAAGAAGGAAAUUAAGCUAAAAUACAAUUAUGGACGUGAUGCAGCGCUACGUUUCUCCCGUGAACCCGGCAGUUUUCCCCCACCUCGCCACCGUUCUCUUGGUCAUUGGAACAUUCUUUACGGCCUGGUUUUUCAUAUUUGUGGUGUCCAGGAAAAGUUCUAAGGAGAGUACUUUGAUUAAGGAGCUCUUAAUCAGCCUAUGUGCCUCCGUCUUUCUGGGAUUCGGCAUUGUUUUCCUGCUACUAACCGUCGGUAUUUACGUAUGAGAUUUAAGGCAAAAACCAUUCCGUGUAGAAAUAAACUGAAGAUCUGUUCGUGGGCGUAAACGUA